GAAUCCCAAAAAUAAGUACAUAGUUUAAUUUAGAAAACACAAAAAUUAAGUUUAAAAUCAUAAUCGAUAUAUCGUUCUAUAUAAAAACAUCGAUAUUUUUGGAGCUGUAUUGAAGCCCUUGUCAACAGCUGUUUUGUGGAAGCGGUCGCAAAAACCCAAACAAAAGUUUUAAUAUUUCACAAAUUCAUUUAAAGAACAUAAAAUUAAAUCAUUAUUAAAAGAUGGCAGAGACGGCGGCAACCAACGAGGGCAAUUCCAACAGCAGUGAAGCAGCUCUCUCAGAACAGCAAGAGCCGACGCCUGAAUAUAUUCAACGUAAGAUUUACUUUCUUGUGGAUCACCUACGAAAGUUCCAUGCAGAGCUCCCAGAAAACCUUCAGACCCGUAUAUCCUACGAUUUACUCACAGAACUCGCAAAUUGUGUGCUAAACGAAGGCAUUUUUGUCAUUGUCACAGCUCUAAUGGAAUUGCAACAUGAGACGGAAAGACAUUUGAUUAAAAUGCGAAUGCAGGUAGAGAACGAAUACGAUAUUGAGGUGGCGGGAUGGAAAAGCAAGAUCAAGGAUCCCGAAGAGCUGGAACACAUACUGGGUCUUAUUAAAAUCAAGCACACUAAGAAGCUACUUGAAUCGGACAAAAAGAUUAUUAAUAUUCUAGAUCAAAAGGUUAAUGACCAACAAUCCACUUUACAAAAGGCCGGCGUACCGGGUUUUUAUGUCACCGAAAAUCCCAAAGAGAUCAAAAUACAAAUGUUCCUUCUGGACUUUAUUCUCCGCUUGAGUAGUCUGAAAUACGAACCGAACAAAUAACCAUUAAUGGUUAAUCCAGAGACCACAAAAGACUGCACUUGACAUGUAUAAAUAAGAAUAUUUAAAGUAAAUUAAAUCAAAUUAUUAACCCUGA